UCUGUCGAUAUAUCUCUCUUUUUCUCUCCUCUCUAUUUCUUACUCUUGAUGUUGCCAUUUGGGUUUUUUUUUUUCCCAUCUAAAAGCUUCGAUUUGUGGGUUUUUUUUCAUCUUCAAAUAUCGGAUCUUGCGAUUUGGGCCUUUUUCAUCUCUCUCUCUCUCCCCAAAGCUGACGACUUUCAAGUGUCAGUCGUACUACCUCUCCAUUUGCUGCUUCACUAGCAUUAGUAACAUCAUUUCUAAGUUGCGCAGUAGGUUGUGUAGUUCUUUGAUAUUUUGGGCUGGGAAAUUCAAUCGCGGAAAUGUCUUGAUUAAAGUAAGAUAAAUAUACGCUCUCCCUGCUCUGGUCUGCUGCUUCUUUGGGCUUUGAUUCUUAUCCUGUGAAUUGAGGAAUAGAAGAAGUGGUGAGAAGAUGAGAGCCCAUAGCCCAGUGGACAGUAAGUUCCAGUAACAGAAAACGAAAUUCCAAAAAUGAAUCCGUUGUCUUGCUUUAGAUUCAGAAGGAUUUCGAGACACAGGUCCCCUGCUUCAUGGGUUUGAGUACAGAAUUGUCUUCAACUGAUUUUCUUUCUGCCUUUUAUCGCACCAUGGUUUAUCUUAAUUUUAUCUAUAAUAUCGUUGUCUAUACUUGUUUUUCCCUCAUUUUUUUCUCAUUUAUAGACACCAUAAGGAAUGUGUUAUAUUUAGAUGCUCCGUAUGUUCUACUUCCCUCUGGGGGAUGGAAUUUUGGGAUUAUGGAGAUGGAAGUCAAGUGUCUUUCUCUGGUUCAAGAAGAAUUUUCAAUUCUUGAUUUGAUAACAAGGAAUUUGAAGAAACAUGUGAAUUCAACUCCUUUCUCUUCUCCACUUCAGCCUCUUGAUCCCAAGAACUUAAUACUUAUGGGAAUUGUUAUGGAAAUGUGGGUCCAGCCCCUUCUGGCAUUGGGAGGGCAUUUGGGAACCAUGAUGGCAGUAUUAUAAGGGUGUACUUGGAAUUAAAAAGCACAAUAGCAUCCAGGUGAAUUGGAGCUUAAAUCCAUCAUCUGAGCUUUCAACUUUAUCUAAUAUCCUUCUGUUGCUGCUCAUCAAUUGAUUGAAGGUUAGGUGGCUAUCCUAAUUGGAGGCACUUGCCAGAGUGCUUGGGUCAUCUGGGUAUUCGUAUCUAUUUGGAAUUAGUGUUUAACAAACUCUUUGAUGGUUGUAUGCUAUAUAUAAAAUAAAGGUGUAGAAUUAAUUAUUCCAAUUGAGAUGCUGAAUCAAUGAUUCAUUGGUCAGGGUACUAAUAGUACUAGGGAUAUCUGUCGGCAUUGUUUUCUUGGGCAGUUGUAUGAUGGUCUACACGACAUUAUUGUCUAAGAAAGUUAAGUUGAUUUUUUUACCUAGUAUGAAAAGUUCCUGAUUGUGGUUAGAAUUUUGGAAUGCCAUUCAGCAUGUAACUUUCUCAAUCUUUGCUGAAGCUAGCAAGGUUCUUUCGGAUUCUUUUGUGGGUUAUAACAUCAUAUAGAGGGGAUGUGGAGAGGUUUAUCUUGAAUUCUUGAUGAGGGAGUUCCUCCUAGAUGUCGAUUUUAUCUUGUAGGGACCAUUGCUUAUUGGAUUUUUAUUUAUUUUUAGUUGCACCAUCAUUUUGUUCAUAUAGGUGCUUAUUUUGACAUGCAUUGUUGUUUAUAAUGCAAAAAUGAGGUAAUCCAAACAUUUUAUGUUAUACGCAGUUGUAAUGGCAUUUUCAUAAUUAUUCCAGUUAGAUGGAAUGUUAAUGAAAGUUUCAUGAUUAUUCCAGUUAAAGGAAUGGUAAUGGCAUUUUUCGUAAUUAUUGGUAAUAGUGGCAAAUGUGAUAAUAACAUUUUCAUAAUUAUUUGGGUUAAGUGUGAGGGUUGUAACAUUUAUGUAGUAUCGUUUGUAGUGGUAAAAAGUGAUUCUGUAAAGGUCUGCUAAACACUGUUCCUGUUCUCUUUCUGUUCUGGGAUCAAUUCUGGAGCAUUUUUACCAAAAGCUAAUCUUCGGCGAAAGAUCAUUCUCACGGAACAGAAUUGCAACCAAACAGAGACAUAAUUAGGAAGUCAACUCACAGGACCAGUUGGCAAUAUGAAACUUUGCUCUUUUGAGGCUGGUGAGCAGGUGGACCACAAUGGUGGGCGGUGUUCCCCACCCGUUGCGUAUGAUAGCUACUGCAGGUGCUGUUGUUGUUGGUUCUAUAUUCUGUCUCUCAGUAGCUUCUUCGGUAACCAUUCGAACACUGCAAGCUGUUACUGAUGCUAGAAGGAAAAAAGUAGCAUUACCUUGUGGAGUUUGUAAGGGAAUAGGUUUCUACACAUGCAAGUUAUGCAGAGGCAAUUCUACAAUAAAGUGGUCGCCUUUAUAUGAUCCAGUAGUCAUAAAUCCUUGUCUUUGCCCUACAUGUGAUGGGAACAGGGUGCAACGCUGUCUUAACUGCCUUGGAAGGGGCUAUUUUUGAAUUGCAAGUGGUUGGAAUAUGUUUUUUCAUGAUUCAUUGAGUUCUGUAUUGUAAAGAAGACUAUUCCUUCCUAUGAAUUAUACCUAUUUUUUCAUCUAUAUGUAUCAUGUAUAUCUCUCUGAUCUGGAAAAUGAUUUGAUUUUAUAUUACAGUUCUCUGUUAUCUUUUUUGUCA